AUGGAAAAAGCCAUUUGGAUGCCUGAAAAGUCAGCAAGAAAAGUUCAUCAACAGAGAGCACCUCCCAACCCACUGGCAAGUGGGCUGCCCACCAAAGCAAAACAACCAGUAUGGAGUGCAAUCACUCAGAUUGACAAGGGUUUGCCUUCAAAACAGAAGCGUCAGCAUACCUUUGGGAGCAAGGAUAAUGGGGAUGAUUCUAGUGGCCAUGGUAGUGACUCAGAGGACUUGCGACCUGAAAAAACUCGAGAUCUUGAGGACAAGCCGAAUGGCAUUGAUACUGAUGCUGACGGUGAGGAGAGUGAGGGCAAAGAACCAGAGGCCACUGCCUUGAUGCUCUCAGACAAAGUGCCUUUGCUUGUAACCAACAAUGCCAAGCCUGUUCAAUCACAUGGCAACUCCCAAUCUGCCAGAGAGCGAAAACAAGCCAAGGAGACUCCAAUGUGGCAUGAUGUUGACAACGCUGUCUCAGAGUCUAUUGCCAGUGAAGAAUCUACUACUCAUCAUGAUGGUGAUUCCUUGGAACCUUGUGACUCCAGCGACAUUGAAGUUGUCCCCGAGCCGAAUGUCACCUCUGCAACUCGAUUAGCUCAGAUGACUGCUUCUCUCGUUCGAACGGAGAAAGGAAAUGUUAAAUUACUUGAUCAAAACCUGGAGACUCAGCGAGUAGUCCAAAAUGCCAUUAUUGACACUAAAGGUCACAUUAUCUUCGUCAAUGCUUACCCUGAGCUCAUUGACAAAAACCAGGUAUCCCUCCAGUCUUUGCUAAUGGUGGUCAAGAAUCGCAGCAUAAAAGCCAUCAAAAAAUGUCUUCAAACAGAUGCUCAGUAUGCUACUCUCCUUGGUAGCUUGGUGGAGCCCUGGAUCCCAUUAUUGCAGCGUGAUCUGAAAGCCACUGCAUGUGCGAACAUCAAUAGCUACUUCCGUCUCAGCAACAACAUAGUCAAGGCGAAAAAACUUAUGGAGCAGCAUGCAUAUGUAUAUGCCUUGAGGUUUGAUCUCAAGAUCUUUGCAACACUCAGGAGCAGGUUCUUUAUCAUAUUCCCAUAUCUUCACUCCUUUGCCAACGCUCAGGAGCGGGUUCUUUAUCAUAUUUCAUAUCUUCGCUCCUUCGCCAACACUCAGGAGCAGUCCAACGAUGAUGCUUUGCCCAUAGGGAAAAAGCCCUACCAGGGUGAACCACUAAUUUUUCUGUUAUACAAUGGAGUCUUCGAUGGUGCGAAGUCCAUCGGCAUCAGAUUUGCAGCACGUUUUGUCGAAAUUGUGAGAAACAAGUGCAAUUGCCCCGAAGUCCCCAUUCCAUUGUUGGUGCUUGUGGCAACAGCAAUCUACGCGGCCCUUUUCUGGAAGAUGCUUGGUUCACCGGGAAAGUUUAACUUUUCUGGGAAUCAAUUCAGUGAAACAUAUGUUUUCCAUGUCAAGUUCCUCGAGGAUUUGAAGAGGGAUGCACCUGGAAAGUUUCACUGUAUGAUGGCUGACAUUUUCGAAGCUGUACAGGCUUUGAAACAGAAGGGCAAUGAUCAUCUCACCAGUGAGCAUCAAAAUGCUCUGUCACUACUUGACCUGGAUGGCAUGGCCGACGAUUAG